AUGGAUGAUACUCUAUGUGGAAAAAUUGAUUUUUUGAGGGAGUAUAUACCCGAUGAAUUAAGCAAAACCGCACAAUUAGAACUAGAAGAUAAUAAUAAUUUCAAAAAUUAUUGCCCUAUUACAGAUUCAGGAAAAAAUGAAUGCAAUAAUGAUCUCGAUAAAAUUACGGCUGGGUUUUUAUGGUUACUUGGAGAAUGUUAUGCUACAAUCAUAAGUAAAAGUUACAAUGAAGAUAAUACUAAUACAUUUUUUCAAUAUAUUAUUUCAUGGUUAAGCUACAAAUUAAAUAAAAGCACAGAGAACUAUUACACCAAAAUAAACGAUUUUUAUACUAAACAUGUAAUUAAUAGUGGUAAAUAUAAUACAUUUACAAAUAUUGCCUAUAAAUUUACAGAACUUAAGGAAUUCCUAGAAGAACAAAACGAUUUGUUGAAUAGUAAUAUUGAAGAUAUGUCUAAAUUUUAUGAUGCAUUUAAAUUAUUAUGUAGUAUGUAUGGUAAUAUUGCACAGAAUGAAAAAGGCACCCCACUGUCAAAUAAUGCUACUAUGUUUGUUAACAAAUAUACAGAACUUAACAAUGAAUAUAAUAUUGAAGAUAGCGCACAUAGUAAAAUAUUGUUUGUUUUAUCAACUGAAUAUGAUAAUUUAAAAAAUAAAUGUAAUAAUUGUACACCCCUUCCAGAUAUAACAUCAAGCAUUUCUGCACAAACAUAUAGAAUUACAUCAUCGAGUUUAUCGACAGGAAACAAAUUAUUUACAGUUUUAUCGAUAUUUGGUGCAAUAGCAUUUUUUUUAGGAAUUUCUUAUAAGUAUUCGUUAUUUGGAUUUCGGAAACGAUUUCAAAAACAAAAAUUAAGAGAAAAACUAAAAAAUAUAAAGAAGAGAAUGAAUCAUUAA